UUUAGACGCAUUUGCGUCAGUCGUUAUCGAGACUUCGACGGCGCGGCGCAUCUCCAUCGGAGUCGGCCGGGUCGUGAUCUACGAUUUUCUCGAUCGAGACCGGGAGACAUGAAAAUUGGGGGAACUAAAAGAAUCUGAGACUCCGUCUCGUCGAGAGUCGCGUGCCAAACCGUAUCGACCUAACGUAAUUUUGGGACCGUGCAGAGAGUGUCAGCCCAAUACAUAUGGAAUAUCUUGAGUAAAUACAUACGUACAGCAGUCGUCGACGCAUCGAAUCGAUCGGAACACAGGAACCGACACGGUUUCUCUUACUAGGGAUCAAAAUUAGAGCGGAACACAUCAUUAGUCGAUGACCAAUAUUCCGUAGCUCUUUUCAAGUAUACUUGAUGGCAAGUCAUGGAUGUCACGAGGGCAAGAGUCUUAAAACGUACGAGGAAUCACGUGUCCCGACGCUAGUGGACGCGAAGUCGGGAGUGCCGGCAAACUUAAUCAAACGAAAGUAGUGAUAUCCGGUGAAGAUAAUCAUUCGGGAGUAGCGAAAUCCGGUCGACGGAGGGGCCCGGUUUCUCGCGACGUUUUCGCGACGACGACGGCUCUGUUCGCGAACGGAGAGCAAGAACAGAGAGCGAGGCUCGGGAACGAGGCUCGAUGAUCCUCGCGAUCAGGUUCGCGUCGAACCGACGCUCGCCGAGAGUAUGCUACCACGAGCAACGAAGCCGAUUCCCGAGGUUCACCGGGUCGACAUCAAGGGGGAUGGGAACGGGGGUAAAAAGAGACGAUCCCGGUUGGUCGUCGAUUGCCUACGUCGACGACCGAGUUUCGUACUGCUGUUGCUCCCGGCCGCGCUUGUCGCGAGCUUGUACAUCGUUUCAUCCGAGGAUGAUUUCGCCCAGAGAUAUCAACCCUUCUACAGGCCUUACAACGCGACGGAGGAAAGAUCAAAUGUUCGUGCACAAACAGCGGAUGGUUACCUGGUGUGGAGCUCGCGGUGCCAGAUGCUGUCGAAGGAUCCGCUGGAUUCGUCCAUUCGAGCCUACGUAAAGAAAGAGAAAUUCGAGAAGUGCACGACCGAACCCCUGAUCACCGGCCUAUCUCGCGAGGAAAACGGCACCGUGGUCCUUUUCGUGGACCCGGCUGCUUUGAAACAUCAACCCGGCCUCGAGUGCUGUUGGUCGCCGGUCUACAGAUCUGACAAACAACCGAAGAAACCGACGAAGGACAACAAUAUUGAUUCGUCGAUCGUAGUGAAAAAAUGCGAGAAUCUCGAAGGGAAAGCCACGGUGCCGAAGCAGGCGUACGCGACGAUGGUCAGCUGCAAGUCGAAGUCGAAGUCAUGGAAAAAGCGCGGCAAACCGAUCUACGAGAACGUCCACGCGAUUCUGGACGUGGAGAAGGUGCGCGACCGCUUCAAGCAAAACUCGACCGGGGGGGUGUUGUCGAGGAAGCUGAGCGUGCUCCUGCUAGGUAUCGACAGCGUUAGCAGGCUAAAUUUCAUUCGCAGCGUGCCGAACACCGAGAGAUACUUAAAGGAGACCGGCUGGGUCCAGAUGAACGGUUACAACAAGAUGGGUGACAACACCUUCCCGAAUCUGAUGGCGAUCCUCACGGGCCAGAAUCAGGCUCAGGCCUACUCGAUAUGUAAGCCGACGGUCUCGUACAAGUUGGACCAGUGCUCGUUCAUCUGGCGAAAUUUCCGCGACGCCGGCUACGUUACCGCGUACGGGGAGGACGAGACGUCGCUCAACACUUUCAAUUACCUGAAAAUGGGCUUCGUAGAACCGCCGACCGAUUACUAUCUCCGGCCGUACAUGCUCGCCUGCGAGAAGCUCCUCAAGGUGAAAAAGAGAUUCGGUUUGAAAUAUUGCACGGGUCCAGAGUCCAGCUUCGACCGGAUCCUCGACUACGCGAUCGAGUUCGCGCGAGCGUUCUUCGGCCUCCCGUACUUCGGCUUCUUCUGGACGAUCAGCGUCAGCCACGAGAACGCCAACGGGCUGUCUUCGAUGGACGGCAAGCUCCUCGGCAAGUUGAAACAGUUGGAACAGGACGCGGUACUGAACGACACCGUGAUCGUGUUACUGAGCGAUCACGGGAUGCGUUGGGGUCCGAUCAGGAACACUUUCGUCGGCUGGUACGAGGAGCGAUUACCGUUUCUCUAUCUCUGGUUACCGGAGUGGUUCCGAGCCGAGCGGCCCGAGGCCUACUCCUCGCUGCUCGCGAACCAACACCGAUUGACUUCGCCGUUCGAUCUCUACGAGACGCUGAGGGAAGUGUUGAACCUUUCCGGUGGUCAGGCAGACCCAGCGCCGGGUUGUCCCAAUUGCCACAGCCUGAUCGGUGGUCCUGUUCCGAGGGAGAGGGGCUGCUCCGACGCGGGCAUCUCGUCCCACUGGUGCGCUUGCACGGCGUUCGAACCCGCAGAUCCCGACGAUCCGAUCGUUCGAAACGGUGUGCAGACAUUCCUGGAUCACGUGGAUAAGCUGCUAGAUGCUUACCGGGACAAAAAGGGCAGGCGACUGUGCGCGAAGCUCCGCCUGAAAAAACUGUACCGAGUUGAUCGUGUGAUCGAUUUCGGAAACUCGAGCAGCGUGGCUUAUUUUUACAUGAUCCAGGUCGCUCCAGGGGACGGGAAGUUCGAAGUGACCGUGAAUUAUCACGAGAACGGCACGUAUACCGUGUCCGAUCACGAGGUCAGCAGGUUGAAUCAGUACGCCUCGUCGGCGGAUUGCUUGGACCGAGGGAUGAAGCAGUAUUGCCAUUGUCUCAAGUGAUAUCGCUGGCAUCGACAAAUAUUCUAUAAAAAGGAAUCGCGAACGAGGCCUAGCGAAGUGCCAAAUCCGGUCCGCCUUGGAGAUUCUACCGUAUCUUUAGACGUCGUUCACGGCCGGAUCGCGAACUAGAAAUAUAUGACGCGUUCGAUCUUGGACGUUGACCUUAGAUCUGUUACCCAGUGGCCAAAGAUGAACCGUACGUUACGGCUUACGAUUAGAAAAUAGCGUGUUGCCAUUGGAUUCGGCCUAUAACCAAUUUCUGUCUAACACGAGCAACGAAAUCUUUUAAUAGGCGAAAGAGAACAAUGAAAUCUGCGGCGUGUACUCCCCUCAGUCGUUACAUGUAGUAUCGCACGUCGCUUAACGCGCGGAGCCUCGGAGAGAUUUCAACGAACGGGAAAUUAGUCAUCUGCGUUCUAAAUAGUAUCACAAUAGUGUCUCGUUAAAUCGCGUUCCAGCUUUAGACCGUCGAUUUCACACGUACAUAAUGAAAUGCGUAGAAAAAAGAAACGCAUGAAAAUAUCAGAAAUAUAAAAAAUGCGCACUGCAAUGCUCGAAUGGUAAAAGAAACUUCAACUUGGAACGGAUUUUUUUAAUCAACUACCACGUAUAAAUGUAUUAUUUUGCAUAAAAGUUUGCAGUCUAUCGAAAUGCAUGUGGCUCGUUGUUCUUUAUCCUCCGUCGUAAAACUAUGCCUCCACGACCCGUAGACGCGAACAGCGAAAUCCAUUGUUCCUAUACCAAAUAGUAAAUCAGAGAAAUCCGUGGCACGUCGUCGUUAAGCGGUAAGAUCGCCGUAUACUUACACGUAUCUACGCGGGUGUACAAGUAUGUGCUUGUCGUAUACAUAGACAUAUAUUUUACUACGUCUCUUUGACAACAGAACUUACUUACACUGAAAAGGGAAACAAAAGUGAAUCGAUCCAGAGCUUUUAUCUUUACAUGCCAACGAUACGAAAUAAAUCGAUUUCGAAAUA